UGCGAUGUGCGUCUGCAGAUCUGCGUGUGACGCAGGCGACCAGCAGCCAAUGGCGUGACACACAAACGCAGCAGAGUUGCGCAGUUACAUUGUGCGGAGCGCAGCCAUUACACUUGAUCUUAAAUCUUUAGAAAUCGUCGUUCGGAUUGCACUGGCCAAUCAAUUCUCCCUACAAAUUCCGUGAUAGUAUUCUGAAAUUAGCACUGAAAUCGGUGCGGGAUUUCAGUGAUCUCUGCUCAGGAAAGUUGUGAAACUUUAUAAACCGUGUUACUUCUCAAGGUGUAGCGCGUCUGCUAGUGUCAGUGUUUCUCAGCUCGCAUCUCACGCGCGCUUUGAUGCAGCGCAAUGAUGGGCACACCUCUGAAAAACGAGCCGUCUGCAGCUGGUUGCAUGCCGUUAUGUGGUGACCUCACGUCUACCGGCGACUCGACUGCACGAGCAUCAUCACAGCAGGGCGAGCAGAUCGAGGCCCCGACUCCUGUUUUACUCUAUCCAAUCAGCGUUAACAGUGCUUUAUCAUCUUCACCAAUUUUUAACAACAGAGACAACAAAGUCGCACAUGGUGGUCGAGGGAUUGAAGCGGUUUCCACAUCUUCUGAGUUCACCCACGGUGCCAUCGUGCACCUCAUCGAAGCGAUGCAGAGGUGCUGGGAUGUUUACAGCUCACGCGAGCGCUCGCUUCUCUUCCAGAGCGUUCAGAAAGAACUGGAAAGCCACGGUCACUCCUUACCUGUAGAGAAGAUUCGCCGCAAAUGGAAUAACCUCAUUGUUACAUACAAGAGAGUUAAAGAUCGCAGCUCAUUGUGUGGAGGCCAAACAAAGACCUCAUGGGAGUACUUCGAAAUGAUGGAUAAUAUAUUAGGAAAGACUAAAUUUGCUCAGAGAGGCCCUGCUUCAGCCACUCUUGUUGGAUUUGCAACCACAGCCAAAGCAGGUGUAAGAUCAGAGGAUCAUGCAUCUAACAGCAUGCCGGUGGCUGCAAUGGCCGCCUCGUGUCUCCUUCCAACUGGAAUCAUCACAGCCUCUUCCCAGAUCCCUACACUGGUGACGUCUCCAGUGCUGUGCAAAGUUACCCCAAAAUUAAAGCCCAGCCCCUCUUGUAGCACAGACAUGCCUCUGACCUCCCUUUCACCAAAGCCAGUGCCGCUGGUGAACCGUCAGCCGCUGAAGCGGAGGUUACGCCAUCUUCGGCUCAACUCCAUGGCCUCUCGUGUAGCUCAGCAGCAGGGGCAAGCUGAGGAACGCACCGCACUUCUUCGCAGUUUCCUCACCGCUCAAGAAGAGCGCAACCGUUUAGAUGAGCAACACCAGCGCAAGGUAGAUGUGCGCGAGAGACGCAAGGAAAAAUCAGCACGGGCCAUGGCUGAUGCGAUGGGGAGGAUGGCGACAGCACUGGAGUUGAUCUCAUCCAAGCAGGACACCAUUAUCGCUCUACUUCAGAGACUGGCUGAUAAGCACUAAUAUUGCUUUUGUAACAAAAUUGAAUUUUAUUAGAAGUAUAUAAAGUGUGUCCUGUUGUUCAUGGUUUAAGUAAUUGAUUUGGGAACCUGCUUCCAGUAGAAAAAGCUUAAAAGUAAAAAAACAAACAACAACAACAACAAAAAAAAAAAACACAUGGACUCUUUAACUUAUUAACAAUAUAUACAAAAAGCCUAUAAAAACUAUUCUCUCCUUGUAAGUUUCUAUGUUUCGCAAAGGAAAUGUAUUGUUUUAUGUCAAAAGAUUAGUCUGUACAAAACUUACUGCAGUUAUGAUUAAUUAAAAAAACUCUUCUUUUUGAGGAUGUGCAGUUUUAAAAGUAAAAAUAAGAAUACAUUUGUUUAAAUCACUGUUGCCCUGCCUCAAGUGAACACUCUUAUUCAGCAAUAUCUUAUCAGGCCCCAGAACUCAUACUCAGUUUUUAAUACUGUUUUGGCUAUAAACCAGCUUUACUUGCAGUGAGUCGUUCACAAGCUGCACAUGUAAUAAAGAGUUGCUUCGUCUUUGACAAAAUAAUGACAGAAGACACUCGUAAGUUAUGUUUUCUACUGUGGUUGUUGGUAAUAUCACCUCAUCCAGCGCUCUUUUUGUUUUAUACAAUACCCUUACUAUGCAGACUCAUCAACUUGUUCUCGAGGCUAGUGCUGCUUCGUAUGGAUGUGCAGCUACCAAACAAGGUUUUAGCCGAGUUUAUAGAACUCAGAACAUGUGAAUAAACAGUACGAAAGU